CAAGUGUUAGACAAGUGAAACUAAUGCUAGUGUUAUUGUUAGUAUGUAACUUGUAAGGUGUUACGGACAGAGGAUUUUCAGAAAGCGGUGUCUAAUACUUGCAAAAACACUUAGGCUGAGUUCUGUGUUAAAGAAACAGAUUUAAUUUUCCAGGUGAAUCUUAGAUCAAAACAACUGAGUUGACUGUCUGAAAUAGCAAUUAGUUCGAUACAAAUUAUAACUUGCAAGUUAGUUUUACAAAUAAAUAUCGGGUGGAACUACUCACAAGGCACAAGUAUGUGAAUGAAUAGCUGAACUCUACAGAUAUUUUAGUUCUUCAGCAACGCCUGACUUGUUUUUUAAAAACACUUGAAUUUCCUGUGAUCAGCUGAGUGCAACAUUGUUAAUCUGUCACAGAUGGGCAGCCUUCCAUGUGCUUUGAAUAGAAGAAAGUUGUACUGGUAGAAAACUGUGCAUAUGUGUAAUACAUGUACAUCAUGGUCUAAUUUCCUGAUUGUGGGAGAUGAACUUGCCUUUUAGUCCAUAGGUCUUCUAGUCCAACCAUGACAUCCACAGUUGUAAGCAAUGGAUCCACCCAUUUACAUGGACCAGACGUUGCAAAUGUCACAAUGACACCAGCCACAGUGGAGAAGGAAAAUAUAUGUAAAUGGGUCUUAUAUGAUGAGAUUGGAAACUCAAGAGUCCGAAUUUGGGAUUUGAGCAUACUUAUCCCCAAUGUUUUGUUCCUGUUGUUUCUUGCAUUCCGAUUCAACCGAGCUAGGAUGAAGUUGAGAGCUACAAGCAGUCCAAUAUUUUAUGCUUUUUAUGUCUUAGUUGUUGUCAAUGCUGUUGUCAGUGUGAUUCGCUGCAUAGUUUCAAUGACUGUGAAUGCUGCAGUAUUUGCUGGAGAUUUAACAGAUAAGAUUUUGUGGGUUGUGGUGCGUUUCUUUUUGCUCUCUACAGAAAUGAGUGUUCUGGUAUUUGGACUAGCAUUUGGUCACCUGGAUAGUAAUACAAGUAUCAGGAGGGUCCUGCUUGUUACAUCAUUUAUCUCAUUGGCUUACUCAAGUUCACAGGGUGCUUUAGAGAUAGUAGUACCCGAUGAAAACUUUCACAUUGUUCACAAAGACUAUGACAUCUUUGCUCAUGGAGGCAUGCUCUUCUGGUUUGUUAGCUCCAUUGUUUUUGCUGUAGUAUAUACUGUAAUUUUUAUCCUGCCUUGGACGAGAAUGAGAGAAAGAUUGGCUCUUCCUUCCAAAAAAUCAUUUUACUGGUAUGCACUGUUUUUGGCUUUAAUGAAUUUCACUCAAGCUGCUGGCAGUGGCUUGAUUUACCAUGGAGAAGUUGAUGGUUUAUGUGCGGUGGAUGUGACAACUUAUAUUUACUUUACAAUCUUCACUCCUCUUGUGUACUGGACAUUCCUGGCAGGGUUUUUCAGUGUGUCACAGCCCAGUAUUUUAUUCUCCUACAAAUCUCAGGUGGAUGAUGUGGUUGAAGAUGAUAAUGUCAGCUUACCACAUCAGCUUUCAUGUUCCUCACUAAAGACAGAUUCAGAUUACAUCUACCAGAACAACUCACUGUAUGACAGCACCCAGUUUGAUGCAGCCAAUGUUAAUCCUUUGUACAUCCAUUCCCUCCAGUCUCCAGAUAGCUUCACAGGAAUCGAUGAUAAUGUCGGUAUGGGAACCAUCAACAGCUCACCACCAUAGAACUACUGUCAGCAACCCUCUCAGUUACACCAGGCAGCUGUGUGGAAAGGGGCAACAAAUGACAUUGCCCCUCAGUGAUGUGAAAAAUUCAGGAAUAGCUUUGUAAAUAUACCAAAAGUUUUAGCCUUUGUUGUUAGUUGUGAUGCUCAGACUGGCAAAGAUCUCUGCUUGAGGAGCUCAUAUUUGAUUGUGCAAUGUGCAUUUGCAAAGACCUGCCGAAUAGCUUUGUUAUUGUCUGAUUAGCUUGCAAAUUACCCUUUCUGAUAUACAGAUACACAUGUAUGUUUAUAAAGAAAUAAUUUUUGUGGUCAAGUUUGAUAAACACAUGAAUGUAUAUAUCUAAGUUGUCUCUUUGUGCUUAUACGUAGAUCAGGAACAUAUAAGUUUAUUUACUGUGGCAAUAUUUCUACAAGAACAUGUCAAGUAAUGACAAUGUCUUAUUGUUUUGGUGGAAACUUUUAAUAUUUGUAAUUAUUGCUCUAACUUAUUUAGACCUUUACCUGUGAAACUAGUGAGUAAAAUGUUACAUAUGUCAUAAAUUGUUUGUUAUGAAAAAUGUUUUUUUAACGUCACAUUUUUUAGUAGAGUAUGAUGGUUAGAUGUAAUAUAUAUAUAUAUAUAUAUAGUGCUUAUUUCAAUAAAUCUCAUUAUUUUGUUUAUCAGAAAGAAAACCUCAAAAUAUGAAAUUGAUAUAGUUUUGUCUAAAUUAUAUUUAAAAAGACUGAAAAGUUUGCUGAAUCGUCAUCAUUAGUUGUGGUUUGUGUUACAGUUUGUAAAAUAUUAAAGCUGUUUCACAGGAAAGUUAAAGGAACCUUAGUUGUACUGAUCAAAUACAUAGAUAAGACUUUUCAAUAGAUAUUUCUCAUACAGUACUUUACAAAAUAAUCAUGACAUUGCGUGACUUGGAAGGGCAUUUUAAUACAACUUUUGUCUUGCGUUGGCAAUAGAUUUUUCUCAUUAAUUAUGUCUUACUUUACUCUUGUACUGUUUUUGUGUACCAGCUUUUUUUGUCAUGUUAUUGUUAUUUAAAAAAAUUAUCCAUAAAUGAAUGGUUGAGCUCCUGGCAAACCAAGGACCAUCCAGAUGUGGAAGGGGUGUGAGAACCCCACUACAUUAUCUCUCCCAUGAAACCAAUAUGAGUCAUAACUGGAACUACAAAGAUAACAUGGCAUUAAAAGGUAAGACCUGCAGGCCCAAAAAUGCAAUAAUUAGAUCAGGGCCAUCUAAUAGACACUUUAGUCUGGAUGUAUGAGGGAAGAAAAAUGGAGAAAUCAGUCCAAGAAAGUAACUAAAUAUUACAAUAAUAAGUAUGACUGUAGAGAAGUUACAUCUAGUGACAGAUGAGAUGGAGAGGUACAAAGUACAUGUUUUUGGAGCAACAGGAGUAAAUGGAAAGGUUAAAGCCUCUUAAAAACUGAUAAUAAAUAUGCCAUCAUAAGUUCCAGAAAUGAUCAAACCAGAAACAAUAGAUCUGCUUUAUUACUGUCCAGAGAAACACCACUUUCAUUUUACAUUUUCUAGCAACAAUGGAAGACAAGUGUAUUACAGAAAAGACUAUCCUUGUGGGAGUGAUUAACAAUUCCACGUAAAGGUUAAUAUCAAGUUAAAAGACCAAAAGGAGGAACAACCAACAAUGUUAUUUAACUUUAAGAAACAAACACUGUUGAAUGUUGUUUAGCUCUCAGAAGUAGGUUUGCAGCAUUCAAGGAAAUUGAGGAGAAAAAUAAGAAUUUGUACACUUUGGAUAUUGGAGAAAACAUUGAAAAAUAAGGAAAGAAUCUAAAGCAAAUAAGAAGAAAAAUUAACAACAGUAUAGACAGCUCAGUGGAGAUUUUAAUAGAAGUCGUCAUAAAGACAAGAAAGAAGAUACUAUGUGAAAGGUCAAUGAAAUGGAAGAGCACGAAAAAAAAAAACUAACUAAGCAGAUGUAUGAAGUUUCAAGAUUGCUAACAUUUAAGUUUAGCCCAAGAUUAAAUGUGAUAAAAAAUAUAGACAAGAAACUAGUGACAAAGGAUGAAGAUGGAAAGAGUUCUGUAAGGAUUUCUAUAAAUCACCAGCCAUAGAAAUAGAAGAGUUAAUGAAUGAAAUGAAUUGCACCAAUGCCUGGUGCUAAAAGAACCAACACCAUUAAAUGAAGUAAGAAAGGUGAUGGAACAACUGAAGUGUGAAGGCACUAGGCACUGAUGAGAUACCAGCUAAGUUAUUGAAAGCAUCUGGAGAAACAAAAAUUGAUAUAAUGCACAAACUUAUAAACAGGAUAUGGGAAAUGAAUAAAUGAUACUAAGGUUGGAGGUGAAAAGUAUUAGUGCUAAUAACAAAACUAAGGACUUAAAAAUUAUCGUAAACUGUAAAUUAAUUGUUUAAGUUUGCAUACAAGUAAAACCUUACUAAAAUAUUGAUAUAUUGAAUCGUAAGUUAAAUGAGGGAAUAAAUAACAAAAGAGCAACAGAUUUUGAGGAGGGAAAGAGAACUAGGGACCAAUGUGUGAACCUGAUGAUGGUCAUAAGACAAAUGUGAAAAAUAUGCAAAAUGAUCAUACCCAUGUUUUAUAGAUUACACCAAAACAUUAUGUUCUGUCAAUACAAGAAGAUGUGGUGGAAAAUGGAAGAAUGAGAUUUCCCAGACAUAUUAGUUUUAUUAGCAAAUUAUACAAAGGAAAUGAGUCAAUGGUAAGAACUGGCAAUGAGAUUAAAAUUGGAAAAGUAGUUUGUGAAGGAUGUGUUCUGUCACCUAAUCAUUUUAACACAUGUGUGAAAGAUAUUCUGAGGGAACUGUUACAAGAGUUUGGAGAAGGAAUAAAACUGGACUGAAGAUUAAUAACUGACUUGUAUUAUGUGGAUGACACAAUUCUGAUGUUUCAGCAAAACGAACAUCUAAGAAGACUGGUGGAAAGAAUGGAUGAUAAAAGUGCUAAGAAAUGUUUAAUGCUAAACGUAAAGGACACUGAGAUUAAGGUGACUGAUGAUAAUCUGAGAAAGAUAGAAGUAAAUGGGGAAGAAGAAGUGGAACAAUUAGAAUAUUUAAGAUCCAUGAAUAACAUCAAAGGAAAUUGUUCUGUUGUGAUUAAUAGAAUGUUAAGGGUGAGAAAGAGCAUGGUUGAGAUAAUGAUUGUGUGCAAAGAUUGGCUCUUACCAAUAAGAUAAAAGUUUUGCUUGCAUAGAUCAGUUCUUUUUCCAAAUGGUUGCAAAUGUUGGAAGCUAAGGAAUAAUGAUGAAAGGAAAAUAAAAAGUUUUGAAUAGUGAUUUUACAGGAGAGUGCUGAGAAUAUGUUGAACUGAGAUAAAAAUGAAAUAGGUGCUGGAAAACUAUAGAUAAGGAACUCACAUUUUGAGCACUUUGCAAGAAGAAGCAGGACAUGCCCUGAAAAAAAUGUUGAGGAAGGAAAAGUUGGUAAAUACAGAGAAUCAGUAAUAAGAAACAUAAAUGUCAUUGGUGGAAGCUGUAAAAGGGCAAGGCAAUUAGAGAUGAUUUAUGGCAGCCACUAUGGUUCCGACAAGGAUUUUAUAUAUAUAUAUAUUGUUAUUUAAACACUUAUUGAAAAAGAAAACCUUUAUGUUAAAUUUAGUAAAAAGAACUAGUUCAUGGAAUGAUAACUCUCAAUUUGACUGAUGUUCAUUUUAGCUCUGAAAUUAUUAUUAUUACCUGUUGGUGUGCAUGUGUUGCAAACAACAUCAUGUUUCUGUAGUGUAAAACUGUAUUUGUGAAGAUUAUAGCCCUAAAGACCGACAACUUAGGUAUAGUUUAGGUUGCUGAAUGUUAUAUAUAAACUUAAUCUAUAAUAUUUUGGUCCACUCUGUCAAAUAUACAAAUUACAUACAAAAAAGAAGUGUAUCUUUCUUAGGGUCAUUGUCAAAAGAAGUAAAGUUAUUUCUUAACACACACUUAUUAGUACUUAUAACAGAAAAACAACAAGAAUUGUACUUAUCAUUCAUUUGAAUGUGUUAACUUAUAGGUGAAGAAAGAAUUACUGUUCUCAUUUAAACUGAAUAGUGGAAGGUAAAUUUGUUGAACAUGCACAUUUAUUUUUAUAUUAUAAUUAUCAAUACAGUGUAACUUAUGUUAUAUCUGUAGUGUAGGUAAGUAACACUAUGUUCUACUAAUCUAAUUCAUUUUUGUUUCUUAUUUCUAUUUGAAAUGAUUGGAACGAUUAGAAAUAUAGUUAAUAAAGUAUUUAAACUUUGCAGAAAUAUCUCAAUAUUAUCAAAAUUAAAAUUUUUCUUAACUGCACCUUUUGCUAGUGUUUUAGUAGUUAAAGUUCACUAGUAACAGUACCCAUCUCCUGCUGAGUUUUGUUACUUGUAUUUUUCUUUGUAGUUAAAUAACUCAACAUUAAUGGUACCUAACCCAUACUGAGUUUGUUGCUAGUGUUUUGGUGAUUAAACAUCUCACUAGUGACAGUAUCUAUCUCCUACUGAGUUUUGUUACUAGUGUUUUGUGGCUAAACAUCUCACUAGUGACAGUAUCUAUCUCUUACUGAGUUUUGUUGCUAGUGUUUUGUUGGCUAAACAUCUCACUAGUGACAGUAUCUAUCUCUUACUGAGUUUUGUUGUUAGUGUUUUGGUGGUUAAACAUCUCUCUAGUGACAGUAUGUAUCUCCUACUGAUUUUUGUUGCUAGUGUUUAGCUUCCAUUAAUCAGGAUAAGCUAAUAUAUAUUUAUUGUUACAACAAUUAUCAUCAAGAUGGGUACAGAUCAUUGAUCCACAGGAUAGGAAUACAUCUUUAGUGUUUUACAAUUUAGGAUUAUAAGGAUAGGCAUACAUCUUUAGUGUUUUACAAUUUAGGAUUAUAAGGAUAGGCAUACAUCUUUAGUGUUACUUAAUUUAGAAUCUUCCAGAUGGGUACAAGUCUUCAGUGUUAGGAUCAUCAGGAUAGGUACACAUCUUCAAUGAUACACAGUUUCUGAUCACCUGAAUGUGUACACACAUUAUAACCAUCAGCGAUGUUGAAUAUCAAAGAUGCGAUAGCUGUUUAAUAUAGACAACUGAGUUUUUGUUAACCAAGAACAGUCUCAUGAAUGUAACUGAACCUGUUCAUAAGAAUGGUGGACUUUGUAAACACAGUAAGUACAUGUAAUGUAUGCUAAACUUUCUUGUAUUUAAUAUUAGAUAUUUCAUAUACUGAUUAACUACUGAGUCCAAACACUAAAAAAAAAUGCAAGUUUUAAGGAAAAAUCUGUAUUUUAAACUCAAAAUAUUGCUGCAAAGUUUUUGAUACUGCAAUCAUAAUGUAACCAUAAUUAUCUAAUAUAGAUCAGACAAAAAAUAUAACAAUUUUGCACAAUUUUUUAUUUGGAGUAAUAAUUUAGACUUCAUUUAGAGCAUUAUCAAAACUGACAUGGUAAACUCUGUUGUUACCCACAAAGUAAUGUAUUUCUUGACGAAAAUUUUACAGAUGGGUGUAGAAAUUAAAAUUUAUUAUUAGUCAAAUAUAAAUUAUUUCUGUAUAUAUAUAUAUAUUUGGGUUUGUGAAACCACAAUUUGCUUUAUAUUUUUUGAAAAUGGGACCUUUAAAACGCUUUAUUUUUGCAGUGGCCAGUAGGAAGGCCUGUCACAGCAUUUGCUAUGAGUAGAACACUUUUUUCAAAGAAAAUUAGAUAAUUAAUCCUUAAGACAAUUGUUUAUUCAACUAAAGAUAAUCUUUAAAACAGGAUCUGUGAAAGAAGUAUGAAACUGUUGUUCUUUAAUGUACGUAGCUAUGUUGCUAUGAAUUAAUUUUAUUAAUUUGAAUUCAUUGAGUUUUGUAAUUUUUUUAUAUUUAUUUUAUUAACUAUCAAUUUAUGUUAUUUAUUUCACUUAUUGUGCAUAUUAAAAAUGAUGAAGAAAAUAGUUAUCUCAAAAAUCUCUUCAAAUGAAAAGAACCAUGAGAGAUCUAAUUCGGUAACAAUUUUUUGUUCUCAUAUCUAAUAUGAAAAUUUUACUGGUUAUUAACCAGGUGUUGUACAUUUAGACACUUUGUAUAGUUAUUUGUUUGCUUCUUAAAAAAAAUAUUCUUUAUGAAAGACUUCAAUGUAAAAAAAUCUCAAUGGGCUUCUUAAUUUAUUUUUUUAUUCUGCUUCAAGAAGAAAACUUGAUUAUGUAAGUUGUUUUUAUAUCAGUGAAAUGAAAGUAUGGUUUGAAUUUUAUGUGACAUUUGUCAGUGGAAAAAUAUUGUAUAUUUGUUUUCCAAAUUACUUCAUUAAGUACUGAUAUUUGCAGAGUUGUGGAAAGGGAAAAAAGUCACAGUUAUGUAUGCUUUGCAUAUGAGUAGUUUCAAAAAGUUUGGAUUGUUGAUUAGGUUAAUUAAACUUGAAUGAGAUUCCUGAACCAUCAAUAUUUUCUAAGAUAAAUUUGCAAUUAACAUCAAGAUUUAUAAAUGUAGAAAGCUACUAAUUGUUAUUAUUAUCGAAAAUACUGUCCAAUUAUUUUGUAUUGUUAGAGGUAUGUUUUACCAUUUCCAUUUAAUUUAUUGUUAAUAAUUGUUAAAAAUACGUUUUUUUUUUGAAUUUUUGCAUUUAUUUGAUGAUGGUGGUGGGAAGCAAACUUUUCUGGAAGAAUACAGGGAUUUUCAUUUCUCUAUAAUCCAGUUGCUUAGUAGUUAUUCAUGGUAAAUAGGAGAAAAAUUUCUUUUUUUUUUCAUAUAUUCAACAAAACAAAUUAAAAAUGUUUGUUUUAUAUUUAUUAACUUGUUGAAAAUGCAUAUGUAAAUGAAUUCUGUAACUUAGUUUCUACUUGUUAUAUGUAAACUGUAACACAAUAAUAAAACAAUAUGCUUUUCUUUGUAAACUGACAUUAUUUGAGGAUGUAAAGAAAUACAAGACUUUCAAAUAAAUCAUGAUGUUUACUAGACUA